AUGCCAAAAGCAACUGACAAAACUUUUGUAGAAAAAUUACAUAGUUUAUGGAAAGACAAAUCAUCAAUAUAUCAAGUUCCGCGUUUUCAGCAAGGUUUCAUAUUACAACAUUAUGCUGCUAAAGUAGAGUACAGAACUGAAGGAUGGCUUAAUAAAAACAAAGAUCCGUUGAACGAAAAUAUUACUAAACUACUGGCUUACUCAAAUUGCGAAUAUAUUGCAUCUUUAUUCCAAGAUUUUUAUGGUGACAACAAUAACAUUAUAGAUUAUGGAACAAAAAAUCGUGUUAAACGUGGUGCCUUUAGAACUGUAGGACAUCGCCACAAAGAACAAUUACAUUCAUUAAUGAAACAAUUAUACUCAACUCAUCCACAUUUUGUCCGAUGUAUUGUUCCUAAUGAAGAGAAAAAGCCAGGAAAGAUUUAUGUGCCAUUAGUACUUGAUCAAUUAAGAUGUAAUGGUGUUCUUGAAGGCAUUAGGAUAUGUCGUACUGGAUUCCCUAAUCGAUUGGGGUUUGUCGAAUUUCGUCAACGUUAUGAAAUCUUGGUCCCAGGGAUUAUUCCUGAUGGAUUUAUUGACGGCAGAGAGGCUGCACGGCAAUUAUUGGAGGCUUUUAAUCUGGAUAGUUCACAAUAUCGUAUUGGAUUAAGCAAAGUUUUAUUUAAAUCUGGAGUGUUGGCAGAAUUAGAAGAAAUAAGAGAUGGCAAAUUAGCGCAUGUUUUUACACGUUUUCAAGCAUAUUGUCGUGGUCAUUUGGCAAGAAAACAAUAUGAAAUAUUAUCUAAAAAAGUUCAAGCAGCACGGAUCAUCCAAAAGAAUGUAAGGGUUUAUAACCAAUUAAGAAAGAAUUCAUGGUGGAAUCUUUAUUCCAAAGUCAAACCGACCUUGAAUACUACUCGUUGGGAGGAACAAAUAAAACUUAGGGAUAAUCGUAUACGCGAAUUGGAGGAGAGAUUGAAAUUCGAGACCCAGGAACGGGAAAGACUUGAAGCCUUAACUGUGCAAUUGGAAUCUGAAAAGACGGUGUUGGAAGAAACAUUGGACGACGAGAGAGUUUUAGCUCAGGGUAACGAGGAAAUAUUAGCUCAAACUCGACAACGAGAACGAGAUUUAGAGGAGGAAGUUGAUGAGUUGACAGAAGAGGUAGAGAAACUCGAAGGAGAAUGUGAACAAUUGGCAAGGUCUAAGGAAACACUUGAAAAUCAAAUGCAAGAACUUGGAUUGCUAGAUGCACCAGAUCAAUUAUUGGUAUUGAAAGAGGCUGAAGAGACACAAAAAGAAGUUAUUAGGCUUGAACGAGCUAAUAAAGCACUUCAGGUUGAGCUUGAUGAAUUGAAAGAGAAAUUGGAAGAUGAGAGGACCGAGAAACAAAAAGGUUCGAUGAACCGACGAAAACUUAUGUCACAGUUACAAGAAUAUCAGAUGAAACUUGAAACAGAUACUCAAAAAUAUAGUGGAUGGGAAGAUUCAGUGGCAUCAUAUAGAGAAAAGAUUACAUCACUGGCCUCAAAUCUUGAGUCGUCAGAAUUGGCACGAAUAAAAGCAGAAAAAUCUGAAGGUCUACUGAAACUCCAUAUAAACGAACUUGAAGAAUCAAUGGUCGAAAUAUGUAUUAGUAAUUUUAUGAAAAUUCAAGAAUUACUAAAAUUUUCCAUCUCUUCAGGGAAAUCCGAAUAA